CGUGCACAGCUCUGUUUCUGCAAAGUAACAUCGGGGAAAACACUACAUUUAUUCUUUACUAAUAUACACCGGUGCAUUUAAAUCCUGAAUAAUUACCCAAAAAAGUUCAUGCGUAAAAAAAAACGCAUUUCACUUUUGCUGCGCCUUUCUAGAAAACCUCAGCACUGAUUUGUACAAAACCAGAGCUCGGAAACGAGUUUGUGCUCAGAUCUUUUGAAAUCCAUCAUUAUCCAAAAUACAUGAUUGUAGUUUGAGCAUCGGACUGGCAACCUGAUCAUGCAAAAAGCUGAAGGACCUGGACAUGAGGAUAGCAGUGAUCAUCAGAGUUUGCACAUGGAAGUAAAUUACACAGGACAAUCAGGAUGAAAAGAUGGCAACCAUAUUGCUACCAACGGGUUCUGAUGGCUUGCGCCCGUUUACUCACGAGUCCCUUAUGGACAUUGAGCACAGAAUUGCUGAAGAGCAGGCCAAAAACUCCAAGGAUUCCCAGAAUUAUGUGAAAGCAGUGCAUCCCAAACCCCAAGCAGACUUGGAAGCUGGAAAGAUGCUUCCUCGAAUCUUUGGUGACAUUCCAGCAGGACUGGUUGGAGUCCCGCUGGAAGACAUUGACCCUUUUUACUUCAACAAUCAAAAGACAUUUAUAGUGCUGAAUAAGGGGAAGGCCAUUUUCCGCUUCAAUGCCACAUCGGCCCUGUACAUCUUCAGCCCAUUUCACAUCAUCAGAAGAAUUGCCAUUAGGAUACUAGUACAUUCAUUGUUUAGUUUGUUCAUUAUGUGCACAAUUUUGACCAACUGUUUCUUUAUGGCCAUGUCAGACCCUGCACAAUGGACCAAGUAUUUGGAAUAUACAUUCACUGGCAUUUACACGUUUGAGUCGUUCAUCAAGAUCCUAGCAAGAGGAUUCUGUAUUGGACCCUUCACAUUCCUCAGGGACCCAUGGAACUGGCUGGACUUCAGUGUCAUCGUUAUGGCAUACGUGACAGAGUUUGUGGAUCUUGGCAAUGUCUCAGCAUUGCGAACAUUCAGAGUCCUGCGAGCCCUUAAAACCAUAUCCGUCAUCCCAGGUCUGAAGACCAUUGUCGGAGCUCUGAUCCAGUCAGUAAGGAAGUUAGCAGAUGUGAUGAUCCUGACUGUCUUCUGCCUAAGUGUCUUUGCUUUGAUUGGUCUCCAGCUUUUUAUGGGUGUCCUACGGCAGAAAUGUGUCCGUAGCACUGCUCAUUGUGUAAACGCCACCUAUCCAGGAAAUGGAAGCUUUUUCUGUAAUAACAAGACCUGGCACUCCAUUAAGGACUUCAUUAGCAGUGAAGAGAACUUCUAUAAAAUCGAAGGAGAAAAGGAUGCUUUAAUAUGUGGAUAUAGCAGUGACGCUGGUAAGUGUCCUGAUGGGUUUGAGUGUUUGAAGAUUGGGAGAAACCCAAACUAUGGAUACACAAGUUUUGACAGUUUUGGAUGGGCCUUUCUAGCACUUUUCAGACUAAUGACUCAAGACUAUUGGGAAAACCUCUACCACCAGACCCUACGUUCAACUGGUAAAACCUACAUGAUUUUCUUUGUGCUGGUGAUCUUUCUGGGCUCGUUUUACUUGGUAAACCUGAUUCUGGCUGUGGUGGCCAUGGCAUAUGAGGAACAGAACCAGGCCACCAUAGCUGAGGCUUGGCAAAAAGAAAGAGAGUUCCAGCUGGCCAUGGAGCAGCUUCGCAGAGAGCAGAGGGAGUCCAGAGAGCAUCGAUCCAGACCCAGAUGUCGCAGAACCAUGUCGGAAGAAGCAGAAAAUGAUUUUCCUGAUGAGAAGUUUGUGCACACACUCCUAGCCACGCUCUCCUCCCAUCCUUUGAGUACACGUCGUAGCAGCAGUAGCAGCGUGUUCACGUUCAAUCUGAGCAAAAACUCAGAGGCUGAAGAUCACACCAGUGCCCUCUAUGAGGGACGGAGUCGAGCAGGAUCCACAGUUAUGCCAUGGGAAAAGCGCCGCACAAGCAGCAUUCGGAGCCACUGCUCUCAAGUUGUUAAACCCAGCAUUACUAUCAACGGCCGGCUCGAACUUCUGCCAGAUCAGAAAAGAACUAGUGGCACCAACCCACAUACACCUACCUUGUUUUCUGAGCACAGCACGGGAAAGGUCAAAGAGGAGCUAGCAUGUUUAGAAGACCAUGCUAAUGAAGUCUGCCAAUCCAUGCAGCAAGUGCAGGUUGAAGGUCUGUCUUCUUGCAGGAUGCGGGAACUCAGCUCAGUCAGUUUCUGCAGUGAUGCCAUCGAUGAAUUUGAAGAGGCCCAUCAGAAAUGCCCUCCUUGCUGGUACCUGUUUGCUAAAAAGUAUCUGGUGUGGAUGUGCUCUCCCACAUGGCUUGGUGUGAAGGAGUUAGUAAAGGUCAUGGUGAUGGAUCCUUUUCUGGACCUUGCCAUCACUAUCUGCAUUGUGCUCAACACACUCUUUAUGGCUUUGGAGCAUUACCCCAUGACUGAGGACUUUAAUGGCAUGCUGAGUUUGGGGAACCUGGUGUUCACUGGAAUUUUUACAGCUGAGAUGGUAAUGAAGCUCAUUGCUCUGGACCCAUACUACUACUUUCAGCAAGGCUGGAAUAUCUUUGAUGGGAUUAUUGUUUGCUUGAGUUUGAUGGAACUGGGCCUGUCCAAUGUUGAGGGAUUAUCUGUGCUGCGUUCAUUCAGACUGCUGAGAGUCUUUAAACUGGCCAAGUCAUGGCCCACACUCAAUACUUUAAUAAAAAUAAUCGGCAACUCUGUGGGUGCCCUGGGCAAUUUGACCCUCGUCUUGGCCAUCAUCGUCUUCAUCUUUGCUGUGGUUGGCAUGCAACUGUUUGGGAAGAACUACCAGGACUGUGUGUGUAAGAUCAGCAAGGAUUGCACUCUGCCACGUUGGCACAUGAAGGACUUCUUCCAUUCGUUUCUGAUUGUGUUCCGUGUCUUGUGUGGUGAAUGGAUUGAGACAAUGUGGGACUGCAUGGAGGUGGCUGGCCAGCCACUCUGCAUCCUCGUCUUCAUGCUGGUUAUGGUCAUUGGAAACCUGGUGGUUCUGAACCUCUUCUUGGCUCUGUUGCUGAGCUCCUUCAGCUCUGAUAACUUGUCUGCUCCAGAGGAGGAUGGUGAGAUGAAUAACCUACAAAUUGCCAUUGCACGCAUAUAUACCAGUCUCACUUGGAUCCUAGGAGUCAUCAAGGACCUCUUCAGUGGCAACCUGGCCAAACGCUGGCACACUAACAAGCAAGAAUGGGUGCUGAAGUGCCAUGGCACCAAUCAUGUUGAAUGCAAUGGGACUGUUGGGAAAAUCAUCAGUUACGUAGAGAAACAUAUCACUUCAGAAAGAGAAGACACCUACAUGACCAAUCCCAGUUUGAACAUAUGUGUUCCAAUAGCACCUGGAGAAUCAGACAUGGAGUUUCCAGAGGAGGAGGAAGAUGACACAGAGAUAUCAGAAGAUGAAGUGAACAAACCAGAAUUGAUCAGCAUGUCAGAAGGAAGUACUGUGGAUCUAAGAAAUUCACAAGGAGAAGAGGAGGACAUCCAGUUAGCUGGUGAUGCCAUGGAGCCAGAAGAGUGUCUCCCUGAGUUCUGUAUACAUCACUGUAAGGGGUGUAACAUGAACUCGAGCCAGGGACUAGGCCUGGUCUGGUGGACACUGAGGAAGACAUGCUACCAAAUUGUGGAACACAGCUGGUUUGAGACCUUCAUCAUCUUCAUGAUUCUCCUCAGCAGCGGCGCUCUGGCGUUUGAAGACAUUUAUAUUGAACAAAAGAAGGUGGUAAAAGUGGUGCUAGAAUAUGCAGACAAGGUUUUCACCUACAUCUUUGUGUUGGAGAUGCUUCUGAAAUGGAUUGCAUAUGGUUUUAAGAAGUACUUCACAAACUACUGGUGCUGGCUGGAUUUCCUGAUAGUGGAUAUCUCUACACAUACCUCUAAUGAUAGGGUAUCGUUAAUUAGCUUGGUGGCUAACUCUCUGGGUUACUCAGACUUUGGAGCUAUUAAAUCCCUGCGGACGCUGAGAGCCCUCAGACCACUACGAGCCCUGUCCAGAUUUGAAGGAAUGCGGGUGGUGGUGAAUGCACUAAUUGGUGCCAUCCCAUCCAUCAUGAAUGUGCUGCUGGUAUGUCUGAUCUUCUGGCUCAUCUUCAGCAUCAUGGGUGUCAACCUCUUCGCCGGGAAAUUUGGAAAGUGCGUCAGCAGGACAGGUUACAUCCAUAGCGCUUCAAUAGUGAACAAUAAAUCAGAUUGUCUGGCCAUGAACAACACCCAGUUCUACUGGACCAGGGUGAAGGUCAACUUCGACAAUGUAGGGUUGGGCUACCUCUCACUGUUACAAGUGGCAACCUUUAAAGGCUGGAUGGAAAUCAUGUAUGCAGCAGUGGAUUCCCGUGGGGUAGAAGAGCAGCCCAUUAAGGAGAUCAACCUGUACAUGUACCUUUACUUUGUCAUCUUUAUUAUCUUCGGCUCGUUCUUCACUCUCAAUUUAUUCAUCGGUGUAAUUAUCGACAACUUCAAUCAGCAGAAGAGAAAGAUAGGUGGACAGGACAUCUUUAUGACUGAGGAGCAGAAGAAGUAUUAUAAUGCAAUGAAAAAACUAGGAUCAAAAAAGCCACAGAAGCCCAUACCGAGACCAACGAACAUUCUGCAAGGUUUCUUCUUUGAUUUGGUCUCCAAGCAAGCCUUUGACAUCACAAUCAUGAUUCUCAUCAUCUUGAACAUGAUCACCAUGAUGCUAGAGACGGACGAGCAGUCUCCUCGAAUGGAGUCCAUUCUCAACAACAUCAACCUGGCUUUCAUCAUCAUCUUCACCACCGAAUGUCUCGUUAAGAUCUUUGCUCUCCGCUGCUACUUCUUCACCGUCAGUUGGAACAUCUUCGACUUUGUAGUGGUCAUCCUGUCUAUAGUUGGAAUUGUCCUGGCUGAUAUCAUCGAGAAGUACUUUGUGUCUCCAACCUUAUUCCGGGUGAUCAGGCUGGCCAGAAUAGGACGGGUCCUCCGUCUCAUACGAGCAGCCAAAGGAAUAAGGACGUUACUCUUUGCCUUAAUGAUGUCACUGCCAGCCCUCUUUAACAUUGGGCUUCUGCUGUUUCUUGUCAUGUUUAUUUAUGCCAUUUUCGGGAUGGCCAACUUUGCCUAUGUAAAGAAGCAUGGUGGGAUCGAUGACAUGUUUAACUUUGAAACUUUUGGAAACAGUAUCAUAUGCCUGUUCCAGAUCACCACCUCUGCUGGCUGGGACAAUUUGCUGGAUCCAAUUCUAAGCAACUCGCCAGAGGAAUGUAACCCGCAUUUCAUAAACACAGGUACUAAUACAAAGGGUAAUUGUGGAAACCCUUCAGUGGGAAUUACAUUUUUUGUUAGCUACAUCAUCAUCUCCUUCCUCAUUGUUGUUAACAUGUAUAUUGCCAUCAUCUUGGAGAACUUCAGUGUUGCCACAGAGGAGAGCACUGAGCCUCUCAGUGAGGACGACUUCGAGAUGUUCUAUGAAGUAUGGGAGAAGUUUGAUGUGGAAGCAACACAUUUCAUUGAGUACACCAAGCUCUCCAAUUUUGCAGAUACGCUUUCGGAGCCCCUGCGAAUUGCCCAACCCAACAAACUCAAAUUGAUUUCGAUGGACCUACCAAUGGUGAGUGGAGACAAGAUCCACUGCCUGGACAUCCUUUUUGCCUUCACCAAACGUGUUUUAGGUGAGUCGGGUGAGAUGGAUGCCCUUAAGCAGCAGAUGGAGGAAAAGUUUAUGAUAUCCAACCCUUCCAAGACCUCCUAUGAACCCAUUACCACCACUCUCCGGCGCAAGCAGGAAGAGGUCUCGGCAACCAUGAUCCAGCGUGCAUACAGGAGGCACCUAGUCAGACGGCAGAUCAAGAAUGUUGCUUAUCUGUACCAAAAGAAAUCAGUAAACAUGGCAUCAGUAAACAUAGAAGAUGUGAAAGAAAAGCAGGGGCUCAUUGCACAUAUGAUUAAGGAACAUUAUGACUCUGAGGAGAAGUUGGUCAAGGGGUCUCAGCACUCCUCCCCUCCUUCCUAUGAGGCUGUUACCAUGGCUCCAGUUGGAUUGUUCCAGGUGCUGAUACCUGCCUCCAGAAAUCUUGCAGCUUGUGAGUCUUGCAACACUGCAGAAACUAUUUUGUAAGAAGUACUUAUUUCAGGAAGAGCGAUUUAAUAUCAAAGUGUAAAGCACACAUUAUGCUGGAAUGAGCAAAGGCACAACCAUGUCCACGCCAUACUGUAUUUUAUAGUAACAUCACUGCUGACUGCUGAAAUAUCAGAUCCAUGACUAUUAGUGAUCAUCAACCCAGAUCCUAAGGAUCUACCAUUUUGAGUGUAGAUUAAGCAAGUCAGUGAGGUGGAGCUCCUACAUUUUGUAGAUGCUUAAAUUGUUAGGAAUAGGUUUGGUGAUCACUGAUCGAAACACAUUCACUAUGGAUCGGAGGCCAGAACCUAUUCCUUAUAGUCACGAUGGCUGUUUAGUAGAAUUUACUUUGCAAUAAUCCUAUCAAUAAAAUGAAAUUGAGAGAGUUUUUUUUUUUACUUUAUUUUCUCAUACUUUUCAGCAAUGAUGCAAUGAUUUCAGCUAUGGUUGUUCUAGCAAGGAUUCACCGAAUAUACUAUGUAAGUUCCAGCAACACAUAGUCUCCGAGUUGUGAUGUAGAAUUUCAAUUAUUGUACGAUAUGUUAAGACUCUCACCAGAGGUCUGUGUUUUUGGUGUUUUAAAGCCCAAUUUUAACUCUCGUCUCUCUACUUUUUUUUGGCGUCACCGGACUCUGAAACAGAGCACCUCCAGCUCCAGCCUCCACUCGUGCACAUGCUCAUUGACAUACAUGUAUACUGUAUAAAGUUUAUACUUUACAGUACUGUAAAUCGCUCAGUUUACUACUCCAUAUUGAUCACCAUUCUUUAAGACUCCUGCAUAGGCUAGGCCAUGUUUCAAUGGUAUUUUCAAAUUAUGAUGGUGUCAGUGUAACUCCCUCUAGUAGUCUUUUGCCAGAGGUGUCUGGGAUAAGGUUGUUAACAUGAAAGAAAAAAGACUGAAUAGAAUUAAAUCAAGGGAGAAUGUGGCAUUGGAAGGUAUUUUGAAUUUUGUCAAAGCAUUGCACUAAUGCCAUUAUAUCUUACUUUUGAGUCAAAAUAUUCUCUCUAGGUUGAUUUAAGAGCUAUUUUCAUGCUGAGCUCUGCAGUACAUGCCUGCUGAUAGAUGUCGCAUGUAGACAUGACUUAGCUUGGGAAAAUGUGCAUCAGGAGGCAUAUUAAGGGCUUUGAUAAUCUAAUAUAAGAAUUUACUGUUAAGUCUUAUAUACACUUUAAAAUGAAAUAUAUAUUUAUGAAAAGGGUGAUUGAAUAUACAAAUUCGGUUCAUUUAUUAUUAAACUUUUCUAAUACAGGCAGGUGGAAAUUCUAAGGAAAACAGAUGACAUUGUUAUGCAGUGGAAAGGCAUGCUGGCAUGGUUUGUGUCCACCUAAAAAGGAAAGCUGCAAAUUAGUAGAAAGUUCUUCAGACUGAUCAAUAUUCUUCUUUAAUGAAGCAUUUCUCUCUUGAUGAAUCCGUUCUUCAGGAAGAAUGAUGUUUAUCUCUCCUGUACAGUUCUGAAUGGGUGCACAGGUGCAUUAAAGCUGUUUUGGGCAAAAACGUUACAGUUAAUGUUUUUUUUUCCAUUUAAUUUGUUGCCUGUAUGUGUCUCUGAC